CGAAAACGUGUGCUAGUGCCAUGGAAGACCUUAAGUUACGUUUCAGUGAUGAUUUGCAACAAUUAAUUUGUGAUAGCAAUGAUCGUAGCAAUAUUUUUACAAGAGAAAGAUACUAUGAAAUACUUUCAGAGGUAAAGGAAGCAAAGGCUUGUAAAAGUAACGGUGACCCAAUUUCUUCAAAACAAAGGCGACGAUUGAAAAGGUACGAUAUUUUAAAAAUUGGUGAAACUGAAAAGCUGAUAGAGAAGAGGGCGGAUGAGACUGCUGAGCUGCGUUAUUUCUGCACGACUGAUGAAUUAUUUGAUAUCAUUCAUUCUGCUCAUGUAGGAGCAGGGCAUAAGAGAUUACGAGGUUUGUUUUUUGGAGUUUUUCCAACCGACAUAAAAUCUAAUUAUAUUCUUUUAUUUAUUGUAGUGAUGGACUCAGAAUUAAAGAGGAAAUAUUGUAAUAUAACACGGCAAAUAAUUGAGGUUUAUUUAUUUAUUUGCAAAGAGUGUCAAUUAAAAAAGAAAGUGCAACGAAAAUGUUUAGUGGUUAAACCAAUUUUAACAAAUGAAAUGAAUUCGCGCUGUCAAGUAGACUUAAUUGACAUGCAAAGUGAACCAGACCAAGAUUUUCGUUUCAUUCUCAAUUAUCAGGAUCAUUUAACAAAAUUCACCGUGCUAAGAGCACUAAAAACAAAGACAGCUGAAGAAGUGGCCUAUCAUUUAUUAGAUAUUUUCUGUUUGUUCGGCGCCCCUAUGAUUUUACAAAGCGACAAUGGCAGAGAAUUUGCAAACCGCAUCGUAGAAAAUCUUGCUGAAAUGUGGCCCGGAUUGAAGUUGGUCCAUGGAAAACCUCGUCAUUCGCAAAGCCAAGGGUCCGUAGAGAGAUCGAAUCAAGAUGUAAGGGACAUGUUGGUUACAUGGUUGGCUGACCAAAACACAACGAAAUGGUCUGAAGGACUGCGGUUUGUGCAAAGCAAUAAAAAUCGUUCUCUGCAUACAGGAAUAACUAAAAGUCCUUAUGAAGCUAUGUUCGGCACGCCUCAAAAGAUCGGUCUUAAAGAUUCGUCACUUCCUAAGGAACUGCUAUCGAACAUUAAAACAGAAGAGGAACUACAAAAGUUGUGCAAUCAAGAAAAUUCAGACGAACGAGAAGAUGGACAUUUGCGUCUAGUUGACGACGAUAAUUCGAUAAACAGAAGGAAUACUGAAGAUAAACAACAACAACAACAACAAGAGAAAAAUGUCUGUACAAUAUGCGAAAAAGAAAUGUCAGAUUCCCUUAGAUGUUCAGUUUGUUGCUUAUCUAUUCAUAUCAUCUGCGGAAAAGCCAAGGAAGGAAAUGGAGGGGGUGAACAAAGCAUUAUAUGUAAUCGAUGUUUACGAAAUGAAAAUAUUAGUAAUGUACGGGUCGAGGCUAAAGGUGAACUGGAAAAGCAGGCCGAGAAAAUGAUCGCUCUCUCGAAUUCAAAGUUACCACCUAUUGAUGUAGGAAAAACCGUUAUUAUACGAGUACCUGAUGUGGACAGAGGUAGACUUGCCCCGAGAAACGUGUUAGCUGUUGUACUCAGUAUAAAUGACUCUGGACUUUAUCAGCUUGGAACGAAAGAUGGAACUUUGCAAUCGCUGUAUAGCCGUAAUGAGUUUACCUUAGCCGACUCCGACUUUAUUGAUAUUUCAACAGUCCCGUCAACGUCUGUAUCUCUUCGAACUGCUUCUGGCUUAGCAUCUGGAUCGAAACAAGGCUUUAUACAGUGCAAUUGCAAACGAUAUUGCAUCGACAGAAAAUGUGGGUGUAGGGCCAAGAAAGUAGUGUGUAACAGUAAAUGUCACCGCAACAGUUCAUGUAAAAAUAAGUAAGCCCUUAAGGUUCCAAAAGUUUUACGUAUUUUGAUUUUCUCUGUUUCUUUUAGAGUUGAUUUUGUUACUUUUAACAUUUGAAUGUUAUACUUACAUAAACAAUAAAAAUAUUUUUCCAUAUUACACUGGCCUUUGAACGAUUUUUUUAUGUGUUCGACGCGUUUUGGCAAUGUGACAAAAGUCAGAUUGCUUUCAGGCUAACUGCGAAAAGUCAAUACGCAUUCUGGAAAUUUUAAAAGAUCCAAAACGCGUUCUGGUAAUUUGAAAAGAUCCAGAACGCAUUCUGGUAAUUUCAAAAGGACCAGAACGCGUUCUGGUCUACAUUUAACGGCCGGAACGCGAUUUGUCGGACUUUGGUAAUAGGUUAGUGGCCAGAACGCGUUUUGGCCGUAUUUUUCGACCAUUGGCCGAAAUCGGUGUUUGA